ACUUUUCUCUUUAACCCACCCAAAGUUCAGACUCAGACCUGUCUCAUUACAUCUCUGUCUAGUUUUUCUUCUCUCUAUUUCUUUCUUGAUUUUUCCUCACCCACCACAUCUCACCACCAAUUCAUUUCUUUCUCAUGUCAUCUCAAAACCCCUCUUUCUCUCUGCUCUCCUCUCUUUAAGCGGAUUUGGUGCUAGAGACUUAGAUCUGUGUUUUGCUUUGAAGAUAUUUUGCUGGUCUACUCAAGGAAGAAAAGAUAGCAUAUAUUUUCCUCAUAGUGUAAUAAUCUUUGGAACAACCUAUUAUAGCUCUAAUGCAAGGAAAGAGAAGUGCAAUCGGUUCUUUACCCGAAACUGUAGACUUCUCGCACGCCCCUUCUACCGGUGGUGAUGCUUUAGGUCAGCCAGUGUGUUGGAAUAAUCUGAGAAAUUCUGCCCAAAACCCAAUGCCGGAUUUCGUUGUAAAUCCCAAUGACUCAUAUAUCAAUCCUACCUCUAAUCAAGAGAGGCAGAACUUGAUCUCCUGGAGUUUAGGAGAAAGCAGUUCAUCAUUACAAUCAUCUUUAAUUAGUUCUUCCAAUGUGCUUUCCAUGAGUAACUUUGAUGUGAAUCUUAGUAGCAAUCCGAAUUCAAAUUCUGGAAUUAGUGGCAUUAACUCAGACGAUGACGACGACUGUCAACUACUAGAGUUCAUAUCUACCUUUGAGCCCGAAAUUCCACCCAAUGGACGAAUGCCACCUGUCAGUAGCUGUUCUUCAGGUCCUUUGCCGGAGCAGAACAGCAGGCGGUCAGCACGUUUGACCAGCGGUCAGCGGUUGUCACGUAAGAGGAAAGCAGUCGAAGGUGAUCCUGGUCAAUCUUCUGGGAGUGGAAGCUCGGGUAGUUACUUUCAACCUCUUGAGAGUCAUGUUUGGCAGCAACACAAUGUUUCAAGCAGUUCCAGUAUUCCUUCUCCCUUGCCAAACAGUCAUGGUGUUAACUUGGUUGAUCAGAUGAACCCUAGACUCGGACUGAGCAUCGGGUUGAGGGAAACUUCUAGAAGGAAUCUCCGUCUGAGGAUGAACGUUGCGAACCAGUUGUCUUCUGUACCCCGUAGCAUGCCCCCACCAGUAGAAUACGGCUAUGGGAGCGCCUCUGCUGCUGUUUCUGCAUAUAUGAAUGCAACUCGUCGUCGCGGGCAACCUUUGGUGGGGCCCACCCCUACUCUUCCCCGGCAUGUGGAGUCUACCUCUAGGGGUGGCGAAUCAACUCACCCCGUGCUUACACCAGGUGGACCAAAUUUCGGGGCCCACUUGGAAGAAUCACCUACUUUGGCGCGAAACCGUGUUGUUCCCCAACUUCCUACACAUCUGUCAGAAUUCGUAAGAAGAUCAUUGCCGGCCCCACUUAGAGCCGAUCCUUCACACACCCCUCCUAUUGGCCAGAGCUUUCCGGAGGUUCCCAGGUCAGCAAUGGUGUUGGAGAGACCGGUUGACGUUUCAUCAUCAGUCCCUACUUCUUGGAGGGCUUUCGCUGCUGCUGGCGAGGGAAGAAGAAGCAGGCUUAUCUCUGGGAUUCACAAUGUUUUAGAACUUAUGCGCCGUGGGGAAGGCUUACGGGUUGAGGACAUGAUGCUUCUCGAUCCGUCGGUCUUUUUUGGGAUGGUCGGUGCUCAAGAUAGGCACAGGGACAUGCGUCUUGAUGUCGACAACAUGUCAUAUGAGGAAUUACUAGCACUGGAAGAACGUAUCGGGAACGUAUGUACCGGUUUGAGCGAUGAAGCGAUUCUGAACAAUUUGAAAAGACGAAAAUACCCUUGCACAGCAUCAGAGGAUCUUGUAGAAAGAGAACCGUGCUCUAUAUGUCAGGAGGAAUAUAGUGGCGGAGACACCCUCGGAACACUGGAUUGUGGCCACGAGUAUCACGCGGAGUGCAUCAAACAAUGGCUGAAGCAAAAGAAUCUUUGCCCAAUUUGUAAAACCACGGGACUCUCUACCGCGGCGAGUUGAGCGGUUCAUACGUAGCCCUGUCCAUAAACGUGACCAAAUGUUGCAGUUGUAUCUCACUCACUUGAGGAGAAAGAGGGAAAGAAAUAUUUGUACUUGUAAUGUUUUUUUUGUUCAAUUUGGUUUUUAUGCAAUGUAGAAGAACAUAGGG